AUGACCGGUGAUCAUAAAAAUCAAAAAAAGGCUACAUCAAAUACCUUCAGACGCUCGAAAAAACGCCACUUCCGGCGACAUCAUCCCUAUCUUGUGGUUAAGGAUGAGAUGGACCAGGAUGAGCUCUCUUCUCAGCCACCAGAGCCGGCAAAGCCUCAAACGUUUCAAUACUCUUCACCGCAAGAUUAUUGUCCCUUUGAGCUGACAAAGGAGAUAACGCCGCCACCUUGUGCUCCUUUACCACCACUUCGCAGCAGUCUUUUAGAUUACAUGGAGCUCCCUGAAGAUUACCCGAUAGCUGUAAGAAAAGCACGAAUGAAUCGUCCUGGUGUGCCGCUUCGUCUUCGGUACAUGAGAAUAACCAUGAAGAGAAAAAUCAACGCAUUGUCAGAGGACAACUUCACCAAAUACCUUAUGUGUAAAGGUCUUCAAAAAUAUGCCACAAACGAAAUUGAGGAGAAUGCCACAGAUGAGAUGAGUAUCGAAAGACUUAUUGGCGACUUCAAGUAUCAUUAUCCAUUUAUCUUUCGAAAUGUGGAGCCAAUAUUCCUGAACGUUCUUCGCGAUUUUAUGGUACAUGAAAUUCAACUCAGAAUGUUUGACUUGGAUUGGGAUCGCGAACUUCUUCGCAAGGAAUUUUUGCUUAAAACAAUUAAUAUGCUAGAGAACGAAGAGGUAAAUUGCAAGCGUCUCGCGAGAUGUAUCGAAAAGUUGCCAAAGCAAUUGAAAUUUCGGAAUAGACCUCAUCCAGCUCCUGCAAACUCUGAUUCAUCGGAGGACACAGAUACGGACUCUUCAAGUUGUAGCAGUGAGGAAGAAACGGAAGACGAUGAAAUUGAAAAAACGCAAGACUCUCCGGCUCCAUCUUCAAAAUCAGUUGAUCCAGCUCCUCAAAACAUGGCGACUGAGGAAUCUGAGUUGAGCAUGUCUGUAGAGGAACUCGAGUUCAUUCGUCAACGAGCAAUGCGUCGUUUGGAUUCUAUCGUUCCAACUGCUGGAAGAGAAGGAGAUGAGAUCACUUCUGACAUCUUUCGUGGCCGUACUUUGGCAAUUUAUACUUCUGGAGGAGAUUCCCAAGGUAUGAAUAGCGCUGUGCGUAGUAUCACCCGUAUGGCAAUUUACUGUGGAUGCAAGGUCUACCUCAUCUAUGAAGGUUACGAAGGAAUGAUUGAAGGAGGCGAUUUCAUCAAGGAGGCGACCUGGAACACUGUCUCGGAUAUCAUCCAACAGGGAGGAACAAUCAUUGGAUCUGCUCGUUCGGCUGCAUUCCGUACCCGUGAAGGACGACUUAAAGCUGCAUACAACCUAUUGGUUCGUGGAAUUGGACGCCUUGUGUGCAUUGGUGGAGAUGGUUCGCUUACUGGAGCUAACCAAUUUCGUCUUGAUUGGAUUGACCUUGUCAAGGAAUUGGUGGCCAAUGGAAGUGUCACAAAUGAACAGGCCAAAAAGAUUCCAUACAUUCAAAUCGUCGGUCUUGUUGGCUCAAUUGAUAACGACUUCUGUGGAACGGACAUGACUAUCGGAACCGAUUCAGCCUUGCAACGAAUUAUCAGCUCUAUUGAUGCCGUAGUGGCUACAGCCCAAAGUCAUCAAAGAGCUUUCAUCAUUGAAGUCAUGGGUCGUCAUUGUGGUUACCUGGCUCUGGUUGCUGCGUUGGCAUCUGAGGCCGAUUUCUGCUUUAUUCCUGAAUGGCCGGCCCCCGAAAAUUGGCGAGACGUUCUCUGUGAUAAACUCUCAUCUAUGCGCUCUGAGGGACAACGUCUUAACAUCAUUAUUGUUGCUGAAGGAGCACUUGAUCGUAAUGGAAAGGCUAUUACUUCGGAAGAUGUCAAGACUGCCGUAAAGGAGAAACUGAAAUAUGAUACAAGAGUCACCGUUUUGGGACACGUGCAAAGAGGAGGUGCUCCAUCAGCUUUUGACAGACUUCUGGGAUGUCGUAUGGGCGCUGAAGCUGUGUUCGCUCUGAUGGAAAUGACAGCGGAGUCUGAGCCAUGCGUUAUUUCUAUUGACGGUAACACAAUGGUGCGUGUUCCACUCUUGAAAUGUGUUGAGCGCACCCAAAUGGUCCAAAAGGCCAUGGCUGAUAAGGAUUGGGCAACUGCUGUUAUGCUCCGUGGAAGAAGUUUCCAGAGAAACUUAGAAACUUACAAACUUUUGACGAAAAUGAGAACCGUUGAGAAAGAUAAUCUCUCUGGCGGUCACAAAUUCAAUGUUGCUGUGAUCAAUGUUGGUGCUCCGGCUGGAGGAAUGAAUGCUGCUGUUCGUUCAUACGUUCGUAUGGCACUUUAUCAUCAGUGCACUGUUUAUGGAAUUGAAGACAGCUUUGAAGGAAUGGCCAACGGACUUUUUAAGAAAUUCCAAUGGUCUGAUGUCACCAAUUGGGCCAUGUCCGGCGGAUCGUUUCUGGGAACCCAGAAAAGUCUUCCAACAGAGGAAACAAUGGGAAAGAUUGCGGAGAACCUCAAGAAGUUUGGAAUUCAAGCUCUUCUUUUGAUUGGAGGAUUUGAGGCCUACCACAGCACGAUCAUUCUCGCUCAAAAUCGAAACAAGUACGAGGAAUUCUGCAUUCCAAUGGUGGUUAUCCCAUGCACAAUCUCAAAUAAUGUUCCUGGAACCAUGGUUUCUCUUGGAUCCGAUACUGCCGUCAAUGAGAUUUGUCAAAUGAUUGACAAGAUCAAGCAAUCGGCUACUGGAACCAAACGAAGAGUCUUUAUUGUUGAAACCAUGGGAGGAUACUGUGGAUACCUCGCCACCGUAUCCGCGUUGAGUUCUGGAGCUGAUAACGCGUACAUCUAUGAGGAAAAAUUCACUGUGAAUGACUUGGUUGAUGAUGUCGAGGUCAUCCGCGCCAAGAUGGAGGUCGGAGCCAAAAGAUAUUUAGUUAUUCGUAACGAAUGGGCAGACAAACACCUUACUACUGAUUUCGUCCAGCAUUUGUUUGAUUCGCAAGCGCAGAAAAAGUUUACGACAAGAGUCAACGUGCUUGGGCACGUACAACAAGGAGGAAGCCCAACUCCCUUCGAUCGAAAUUUGGGAACCAAGAUGGCUGCUCGCGCGUUAGAGUAUCUUCUUAUCCAGCUUAAGGAAAACUUGAACCAUGAAGGAAAAGUGGUCGCUAACACUCCAAACACAGCCACGCUUUUGGGAUUGAAGGGAAGAAAGGUGGUGUUCACACCAGUUGAGGAGCUUAUGGCUGAGACUGAUUUUGUACACAGACUUCCAAAAAAUCAAUGGUGGAUGAGCUUGCGUCCAUUGCUCCGUGUUCUUUCCAGACAUCGUUCAACUGUCGAGAGCUCGGCGAUUCUCGAGACAUUGGAAGAAGAGUCAGCUGAUGAUCACAUGUUUUAA